CUUAACACCUCCCUUCUGCGUUUUCGCGUCCUGGGAGACCAUCACCUUCACUUGUCUUCCGUUCUGGUAUUUUCUGUGGCCAAACGUUCUAGAUUGAAUACACUGUCACGACUCUUUCUACGACAAGAUGGGCGGGAAUCUCUCCAAGGCGAUGGCGAAUUUGUUCGGGAAGAAAGAGAUGAGAUUGCUCAUGCUUGGGCUUGAUGCGGCAGGGAAGACGACUAUCCUAUACAAGCUGAAGCUCAACCAAUCUGUUACGACCAUCCCUACAGUCGGCUUCAACGUCGAGACGGUAACGUACAAGAAUGUCAAGUUCAACGUGUGGGACGUCGGCGGACAGGACAAGAUCCGGCCGUUGUGGAGGCAUUAUUACACCGGCACGCAAGGCCUCGUUUUCGUUGUCGACAGCCAAGACAGGGAGCGGAUAGAUGAGGCACGGCAGGAACUGCAUCGCAUCCUCGCUGAUCGGGAAAUGAGAGACUGUCUUCUGCUUGUCUUCGCAAACAAGCAAGAUCUGCCAAGUGCCAUGUCGCCUGCGGAAGUCACGGAGAAGCUCGGCUUGCACCGCAUGCGCGACCGUUCUUGGUAUGUGCAUCCAAGUUGUGCGACUACCGGUGAAGGUCUUUUUGAGGGGUUGCAGUGGCUGUCCCAGAACGUGAAAAAGAAGCAGACAUAGUCAUUACCUUUCGUUCGUCACGCAUAUACGUUUCUCCUUGAUACCCUUUACCCUUACUUAUCCUCAUACCAAAAGGGUCUUGUUCCUCUUGUCUUCACCUUGUAAUAGCUCUUCGACAGAGUACAAUCACUGCACUGGGUCUUCAGUUCUAUGCUUAAAUAUGCG